AUGGUGUUUUUGAGGAGUCGUCGAUGGACAGAAAGACAUCAUCCAUACAGAAGGCAUGCUGCUACAUUCGACAACACUAUUGAGAAGGAUGUCGCCCCUGAACCAUUAACUGGAGAAGAGGUGUUGGCAAAGGUUGAAGUACGCCAUAUUCUUGAUGUCAUGCAUAUUGAGAAGAAUUGUUGCGAUGCUAUAAUUGGUACCCUCUUGAAUAUUCCUGGGAAGACCAAGGAUGGAGUGAAUGCCCGUUUGGACAUGGUCGAUAUGGGCAUCAAAACUGAUGUAAAAGUGGUAGCUGGUGAGAAAAAGACCAAAUUGCCUUUGGGUAGUUGGAACUUGCUGCAUAAGGAGAAGAAAAGAGUGUGCGGGUCCUUUUAUGGCAUGUCAGUUCCUACAGGCUUCUCCUCUAAUAUUAGGAACCUAGUCUCGAUGGCAGAUUUAAAAUUGGCUGGUCUUAAGUCACAUGACUGCCACACAGUGAUGCAACACCUUCUCCCGGUUGCAUUGAGAUCAGUUUUAGAGAAGCUUGUUAGGUAUGCCAUUAUUCGGUUUUGCCUUUUCUUUAAGGCAAUUUGUAGCAAAGUCAUAGAUGUUUCUAGACUUAAGCAAAUGCAAGCAGAUCUGGUUGAUACGGUUUGUUUACUGGAAAAGUUCUUCCCAACUUCAUUUUUCAACGUAAUGAUUCAUCUAACACUCCAUCUUGUUAGAGAAGUUGAAUGGUGUGGUCCAAUGUUUUUCCGAUGGAUGUACCCAUUUGAGAGGUACAUGAAAAUGUUCAAAGGGUAUGUGAAAAAUCAACAUUUUCCUGAGGGGUGCAUAGCUAAGAAGUACAUUGUCGAAGAAGCUAUUGAGUUUUUGGAAGACCGUGUCCUUUCUCAAAGUGGUACCACUGUGGGAAUUCCAUCUACAAGCAUAGCUAGACACUACAAACAGAGCAGACCCUUGUCACGGCCAACCAUGGUAUCUGUUUAUGCAAAGGAGCACAAGGAAUACUUGAAGUUAAUUUACCCAAAUCACGUGAAGAACAAGAAGUGGAUGAGGGAAAAGGAGAAUGAAACAUUUCCAGACUGGUUAAAGGAAAAGGUUGCAAAUCAAUUGAGGUUAAAACCUAAUAAUGUUUCACAAACAGUAAGGUGGUUGGCUGCCGGCCCAAAAAAUGUAGUGCCAACUUAUGCUACUUACCAUGUCAAUGGAGUUGACUUCAAAACCAAAGAGAGAGACAACGUCCAUUCAUUUCAGAAUAGUGGUGUUACAUUACUUGCCAAUGCUAUGCAAGUUGCAAGUGCGAGGGAUCAAAAUCCAUCUGACAGUGUGAUGGACUUCUAUGGAGUUAUUAAAAGUAUAUGGGAGGUUGACUACUAUAAGUUUAGGGUUCCAGUGUUCUACUGUGAUUGGGUAGAGAGUACUAGAGGCGUCAAAGUAGACGAACUUGGGUUUACGUUGGUGAAACUGAAUAGGUUAGGGCAUUUGAAUGACCCUUUUGUGUUAGCUACACAUGUGAAACAAAUAUUUUACAUUGAAGACCCCCUAGACGCUGAAUGGUCAGUUGUAGUGAGGUGCCCGAAUAAAGACUACCGUGGGAUUGACGAUAACGAUUAG